AUGCCCAAAAAAUGCAUCGAGUUAUCCGAUUUACCACCGGAAAUACUGCAACUAUUGGUGGAGAAAUGUGAUUUUGUUACAAGACGUCGACUCCGCGCUUCCUCUACCCUCAUGUAUCAAGUCGUCGAUUCUACUAAACUAUACAUUGAUUCAGUAGAUAUGAAUUUCUGCGGUUACUCAAUAGACGUGAGUCUUUCAGUCGAACCACCGUUCCGACACUAUUACAAUCUGGAAUUCGUGAAAAAUGAGACUGGCGGAACCCGAAUGGAGUCUGAUUUUCGAAAGGAAGUGUUGAUUGAAAACUCGGAUCACAUGGGCGCAGCGAUCGACUGGUUCGUACAGAUGUGUCACCAGAAGAACGUCACAAUCGGACAGUUUUACACGGAUUUGAGUGGACACUUCCGAAAAGAAAAAAAACAAUUGGCAGAAAAACUCGACGAAGUUCUGGGGAAAAGUGAAAUCCCAUUGAAAAUCAAAUCGAUUCAUUGUGCGGAUUAUGGACUCGAUUCUGGAAAAGUCAUGUGGAAGAUUGCGGAGUAUUGCGAUAAGAGACUGCUGGAAGAGAUGGAAGUGUUAAUAGAAGGGCCCAAAUCGUUAGCACCUCACUAUAUAUGGGUGUAUUCUGAUUUCGAAUUGUUUGGAAAGCAGGACGAAAUUGUAAAAAAUUUGAAGAAGAUUCAGGUCAACGCUCCCUUUAAUGUUUCCGUUGAAGACGUUCUAUCUCUGAACGCAUCUGUGAUCUACUUGGAUUCCGAGAAUUUCACAAAGGAUUUUGUCUACAAACUUAUCGAAAAGUUCACAAACAGAAGAGAAGAUGGAUCGGCAUUCUGUAUUAAGAACUCGCUAAAAGAAAAUUUGGAUUUGGAAAUGAUUCCGCCAGGAUUCAAGGAGACGGAUAGUACAAAAAGAUUCAAAGAAUACCGCAACCAACUCAUCAACACUAACCAUCCGACCGUCUACCUCCGUGUCAGUGAAGAUCGAGUUCGUCUUCAGAUUGGAGACACCAAAAAAGGGACUUUCUGGAGUGGCUAUGAGUUCCAUUCCGACACAAGCGACGAUUCUUCUUCUGGUUUGGACAGUGAUUCUGACGCGAAUGAUAAUGCACCCGAGUAG